AUGGUAGUUAUAAAGAUAACAACCCCAAGCUAUGAAACUAAGCUUGUUUUGGAGCCAACCGAUUCUCAUCGGAGCUCAUUGAGUUCUGGGAGCGCGGGUUCUCGCAACCCUGAAGCUGGCGUGACUCCGUCUUUCCCAGAAGAUGAAGAAGUAGAAGAGGAAGAAGCUGGUGUCCAGCUUAUUGGGCGGAAGAGGGGUAGGAGUGAGGCUACGACUGGUAUGGCUUCCGCGCCUACAUCUGUUGCAAUUCCCGUGGUUGGGAAGACGAGCAAACUGCGCUCGUUAUACAAGUUUUCUCCUGAAAUCAAGAAGAGAACCCCUGAAAAGGCGGAUGCCGCUAAGGCUGCUGAGGCGCAGCGAAAGGUGGAGGAGGAUCGGAAGAGAGAGGAGGAGAAGAAGAGAGUUGCGGAAGAGAAGAAAAAGAAAGAAGAAGAGAGGAAGAAGAUAGAGGAGGAGAGAAAGAGAAAAGAGGAGGAGGAGAGGAAGCAGAGGGCGGAGCAGGAGAGGUUGGCCGAAGUGGCGAGGAAGCAGGCCUUGGAGAAGGAGCUAACGGCGAAAAAGGCUAUGGAUCAGCCUCUUAAAUCUCCAGGUCCUGAGGUCACCAAACCAACCCAAACCGGUCCUGUUAUUACUUCCAAGGGUUCCAGCCGCUUCUCCUCAAGCGACGCGAGCUCUGGUGGAGCUGGGGGUUAUAACCCCAAUGUGAUAGGUGCGAAGGACACCGUUGGGGAUAUUUACUACAAGACUUACAAUGAAGAAGAACGUGGUGACGCUCCUCAUCAAGCCCCCUGGAGUUUAAAACAGAAAGAUACCUUCAUUGAGUUCGGCCCUGCGCGCGAGUGGUUCUUGAACUCCUUUACACCUGCUGAAGUCAAUCGGCAAAGGGCGAAACCUCACGAAAUGUUGUAUCGUACUUAUAUCCUUGGCGAGGCCAACGCUCGUGCUGCCAACCAUCAAAUAGUUCGCGAAUGGCGAACGAUGGUUAGGGAGCGCGCCGACUGGGAGGCUUAUCGCGAGCGUAUGCUGAAACGUAUUGCUGAAUUUGAAAAAUCUAAAGCCGCGUUUGGUGAGGAGAGAGCCAAGUUUGAGGCUGACAAGAAGGCUGAAGAAGCAACUGGCCAAGGAGAAGGCCGAUUUUAA